ACACUCGAGACACUCUAGUGCUGUUUUGUUUUUCCGUAUCAAAAAAUGAGUUCCGGAUUUAAUUAGGUUCUCUGUUAUUUAGGUCGACUUACACCGAGGAACCGGACGCCAGCCGGAGGAAGGUUCUCAAAUCCUCAAAUCAAGAAACGAGUCAAGAAAGUUUGCCGGUUCCAUAGUGCUGAUGCAGUGUCACUCAAAACCUGGCCUUCGGGCAUGCGAGGCCGAUGGCGACCCGAUUGUUUGGCCUUUUCUGCAAUCUCCCGAGGGGACUACCGACCGAUGUCGAAAAGCCUCAAGAGAUAUCACCUAGAACAGUACCGGUACCAAGAAUUCCGGAUUAAGUUUUUGACACGGAUAUGCCGACCUUGCUGGAAGCGGAGCUGUUCUGCAAUACCUUCUGGAAACUUAUCAAUCCGAAGUCAGUGCAAAUGCCGGAAAUCGUUAACGCCACCAUGCAGCUUAUUUUCAACAUCAUGAUCCCUCCUGGCCAUGGGCUGCCAUCUAGUCGCUGGACACUAUCUCUGAUUACUACAUGUUCGGGGUUAAAAACGUACUCCUACGGAUCGCACUGGAAGAUACCAUCCCGCAGUUCACCAGCUGCAUCAAGGUUCGGUACGACUUUAGCACGGAUCCGGCCAUCGGAGCAAGCGGUUGGUGAGGGAACUGGAUUCCUAAAAUGCUUCUUUAGGGGGCCUUUCGGUGCGUCGAGUUUCUUCUGACAACCAUGGCAGUUCAAUACUUAUCUCUCCGGCUACUAAUCUACCCACAUGGCGAACGCUUUUGUAGAGAUUUCACAUUCUGAUUCUAGCCACCUACAACAGCGUUGGGAAAAUCAAAAGGAUUCGUAUUUUACUGUUACAUUUUUUUUAGGUAAUAAAAUGAAUCUUGGGGGAGGGUGCUCAGUUUGACUCUAUAAAAAAAACCGAAAAUCCCAGGGUAAAUUCACACUCUUCUCCAAAGUAGAAAUAUUCAAAUAGUUCAUGCAUUUGAUUUUUAGGUAAGACGAUGCGAGGUAAUGCAUUACAUAUACAUAUAUUUUUUUAAAUCAAGCACUACUUAAAGCUGAAGAGAAUAUUAUUCUGUCUCCUAUAACUUUGAAAUAUAUUCAAAGUGAUAAUUGUAUAAAUAAUCAAAUCUGGUUCAUCAAGUUCUCCCAAGUUGCGUGGUAACGUGUUUUUUGUACCUUUUAGAAAACAGAAAAUAUGAUUUAAAACUUUCUAACAGUUUAUUUCUUCUACCAAAUUUGAUUAAACAUUUUGUGUUAUAACUUCCACCAAAUUAUUCAAGACUGUCAAAAAAGAUAUUCUUGAAAUAUAUUGAAGUUUUUGACUUAAAUGGUUCACUCUGCCCUCCCAGAUUGCGAGGUGACGCAAAACACUUUAAACUUAUGGA